AAGUCACAAUCACAAGUGUGAAGUGGCAAAAGUCAAAACAAUACUUUUUGUGUACUUGUGUAGGGAUUGCGAAUGGCAAUGCUAUCACUUUUUAUUGUAAUUUGUAGUUGUUAAAGCGCUUUUUAAAUCAAUUUCAUCCGUAUAAUCUGAAUAAUAUACAUCAGUCAGUAUAAAUUCGAACCUGGAACAAAUUACUAUGGCUAUCACUAGACAACUUUUAAAUUAUACGAAACUAUUUACAGUUUCAAAGAUAACAUGCACCUCAUACAGUACAAUAAACAGAAGUAAAAUUUAUAGUGAUAUAAAUGAAGCAGUAAAAGACAUUAAGGAUGGCUCUAAGCUGUUGGUUGGUGGAUUUGGACUGUGUGGAAUACCCGAGAAUCUUAUCAAAGCAUUAAAUAACAAGCCAGUUACAGGACUCACUGUCGUCUCAAAUAAUGCAGGUGUUGAUGAUUUUGGCUUAGGUGUAUUGCUUAAGAAGAAACAAAUUAAAAGAAUGAUUGCAUCAUAUGUUGGAGAAAAUGCAGAGUUUGAGAGACAAUACUUAAGUGGAGAAUUAGAAGUGGAACUGACACCACAAGGAACACUAGCUGAAAGGAUAAGAGCUGGAGGUGCUGGUAUACCUGCUUUUUUCACUCCCACUGGUUAUGGGACUUUAAUUCAUGAAGGUGGUGCUCCUAUUAAGUACACUAAGGAAGGAAAGAUAGAAAUAGCGAGUUCCGCCAGGAAUGUCCAACAAUUCAAUGGAAAUAACUACAUAAUGGAGGAAGCCAUCACGGGGGAUUUUGCGUUAGUCAAAGCGUGGAAAGCUGACAAGUAUGGCAAUUUGAUAUUCCGAAAAAGCGCUCGUAACUUCAACCCAGCUAUUUGCAAAGCUGCAAGAAUCACUAUCGCCGAAGUGGAAGAAAUAGUAGAUGAAAUUGAACCAGAUGUUGUGCAUGUUCCAUCAAUUUUUGUACAUCGAAUUAUUUUGGGUGAGAAAUACGAAAAACGCAUUGAACGAAGAACAACCAGUCAGCCCAAAGAGAGCAAAGGAAAUAAACCUUCUGAUGCCAUGAGGGAAAGAAUAAUAAGAAGAGCAGCCUUAGAAUUCAAAGAUGGCAUGCAUGCGAACUUGGGAAUUGGGAUGCCGAUGCUUGCUAGCAACUAUGUCCCGAAAAAUGUAAAAAUUCUGUUGCAGUCUGAAAACGGGAUUCUCGGUCUCGGACCGUUGCCUAGCGAGAAGGAAAUUGACGCCGAUCUAAUUAAUGCUGGCAAAGAAACCGUCACCGUCCUUCCUGGAGCCUCGUUUUUCUCAUCGGACGAUAGUUUCGCGAUGAUAAGGGGCGGACACAUUGACCUCACUAUACUCGGGGCCAUGCAGGUCUCUCGGUUUGGUGAUUUGGCCAACUGGAUGAUUCCCGGUAAAAUGGUAAAAGGCAUGGGAGGCGCGAUGGACCUAGUAUCGGCACCGAGGACGAAAGUUAUAGUCACUAUGGAACACGCUGCGAAAAACGGCGCCCAUAAGAUUCUGCCCGAGUGCACGCUGCCAUUGACGGGGAAAAAUUGCGUCGACAUGAUCAUCACUGAAAAGUGCGUAUUCGAAGUUGACAAAGAAAAUGGCCUCACUUUAACUGAAUUGGCUGACGGGGUGACCAUGGAAGACGUGCUGGUAAGCACGGGCUGUGAGUUCAACGUUGCUCCCAAGAUAAAGAAAAUGGGUGACGUCACUCAAAUUGACACUGAGUAAACAGUUCGCAGAUUGCCAUAUAAUUAACAAGUAAGGAAAGUUUUGUUAAAAGCCAGACCAGAAACAUAAAAAAACUUGCCCUGGGGGCGCCACUAGUAUAUUAUGAUAUGCAGGGUGUAACCAGAAUUAACGUAAAGGUAUUACUACUACCUUAACACAAUCCAAUGCCAAUAACCAUAUUUUGCCUUAUCUUGUAGUUUUAGUGAUUUGGUA